ACCAAGAGAGAUGGGAUAUUGAGGUUCUCUUGCCAACGUCAAAUGCAGCCUUUCACCUAACUUCACGCACACUUCCCAUCUCACCCCUCUCAAUAAAACCCCCGUUCCCCCUCCAAACUCGUCCAAAGCAACCCUUCUUCACUUCUCUUCCAGAGCAAUAGGUUUGGCCACUCAAGUCCAAAAGAGCCCAGAGAAAAUGAUGAAGCAGCUUGUCUCCCCAGUCCUCCUGCUGAUCCUCUUCCUCCAGUGCACCAGAACUUCCGGUCAGUCUUCGGCACCGGCUCCAGCACCUGCCGGUCCCACCAACAUCACCGCAAUUCUGGAGAAGGCUGGUCAGUAUACUACCUUCAUUCGGCUGCUAAAGAGCACCCAGAUGGACGACCGAAUCAACAUCCAACUCAACAAUUCAAACCAGGGUCUCACCAUAUUUGCACCAACAGAUAAUGCCUUUUCAAACCUCAAAGCGGGUACCCUGAACUCAUUCACUGAUCAGCAGAAGGCCCAACUAGUGCAAUUCCAUGUAGUGUCUUCUUUCCUUUCUACCUCACAAUUCCAGACCGUGAGCAACCCGGUGAGCACACAGGCGGGUGGUAGUAACAGCGGAGACUUCUCUCUGAAUAUCACAACGUCCGGAAAUCAGGUGAACAUGACAUCAGGGCUUACCAAUACAUCAGUGGCCAACACAGUAUACACUGAUGGCCAGCUAGCAGUGUAUCAGAUCGACCAGGUGCUCCUUCCAAUGGGUGUCGUGAGGCCUUCAGCACCACCUCCCGAAACCCCAAAGCCUAAGAAGGCUGCUUCUCCUUCAGAUGCUCCAUCUGAUUCAACCCCCGCUUCUGUUGAUUCUUCUGAUGCAACCCGUUUGUGUUUUCCCCGCAAUCCACCCAUUACAGUAUCCUUUGCGGUGGCUGUUGCUGCGGCGUUGCACUUAUGGCUAUAAAUUUGAGUGUUGGUCGAUGAUGGUGUGAUCCUGCGUGUAGUGUGCUUGUGCUGUCAUGUUUUCACUUCUUGUAUUUGUAAUUCGAUUAGGAAAAAUUGCGUCAGAUGAAUGCUGUUUUUGGGUUUCAUUGGCGAAAUAUUCUCCUAUAUAAUUAAGGUGGUGUCACGGGGAUUACUACUCUGGA